UCCUUGACAGUCGGGGUGUCGCUGGGUAACGUUUCCGGGUUCCUCAUUGCAACUGAAUCCUAUAAAGCAGGCGCCGGUCUUCAAAGUCCACUCAAAAGCUGUGAAACUGAGCUACUGUAAAGAUCCACAAAACCAGAAUUUCGUUUUUCAGCACUCGAGUCGAACAGAGCGUUUCGGUUUUCACUGAGUUCCGAAACACCAUCGCCUUGAGUGGAUUGCUCUGAAGUUGAGUAUAACUUAGUUAACCAAAAAUAAAAUGAAUCAAGAGAUGGCCCAGGAACAUCUGAUCGGCAGCGGGGUGGACGGGUCAAAUCAUGGGGACGAGGGGCGCGUGAGCCCCGCGCCGCUUAGCGAGGCCGCCGCGCCGAUGGGCGCGGGGCUGGAUCUGAUGGAAGAGGCAAAGCACCGCGUGAAAGACCUCAUCCACAGAUUCGAACCUUCGGGCCAUCGGGAACGGGGAGCGGCUCAAGAAGGAGAAGCCUUGAACAAAGACAUCGGAGUGGAAGAAACAAUCUCCUCGAGCACUAUCACGGAGGAGGAAUCCCUUCCUGGCAACAUCAUCACAAAGACUGUACACAAAGUCGAGAGACGGGCCAAGAUCGUCGGCCAUGCCGUGGUAGAAGGGGUGAAACAAGGCGCCCGGGAACUGCAGCAAGGCGCCCGGGAACUUCAGCACGGUGUCGAGAUCUUGAUUGAAAAGUUCCUUCUCCCUGAGAGUUCUCUGGAGCAGCAUCCAGGCAACAACGUCCACGUGCCGCAUCCCGACAAGCUGAUUGGUGGAAUGGUGGGACUCGGCAUACAUAUUCAGAAGGACGCGAAGGGUCACGUGGUCCGUACCGUCAUUCCAGACGGCUUGGCGGCAAAAUCGAAACUCCAGGAAAACGAUGUCAUUGUCAGCGUCAAUGGGAAUGAUGUCACAAGCUGGGAAUUUGAGGAGCUCCAGCAAUUUUUUGGCUCUUUGGAAGAAGUGGACUUCAAAAUUGUCAUCGAACGCCAAGAAGAGGACGAAAGUGGCAACUUUGUUUGCCGUAAAGUAACGAUAUCAAUCAAGAUUUCACUCGAAGGAGAUCAGGUGAUGGUGGAUGUAGAUGUCAAGGUACGCUACAGCCAGUGGUAUUGGAAUGGCGAAUCGGAACCUAGCUACAUCUUCCAGAAUAACAGAGGCCAGAGCACCAAGUACCUGACGUUAAAGAACAAGUGUUUCUGCAUGUCGACAGCGAACGACCUCACACCUUGUCGCUUCAAGUUUUUCUAUUACAUGCCUUUCGAUUUUGGACCAAGGGCUAUCAUCAACUUGAAUAAUGACUCACCGUUGGAUCAUGGGGAGCCCUCAAGAAUUGGUGUAAACAGCGCUGAGUUGAGAGAAAGUCUCUUCAUUCUGAAUGACGACAGAAUCUUUCUCACUGUGAGGCAGGACAACACUAACAGGUUAACGUUCGAGCUUGCAUCUAAAAGAAGGUAUUAUCUCACGGCUGAUUCAAAGGGAAAUUUGACAACGACCUACUUCUCAGACGUCGAAGCCGUGGAUGAAAGCGGUCAGUUUAACAUAGUGCAUACGUCUGAAGUCGACAAGAUGACCCCCUCCGACAGACAGAAUUACAACCCCAAGGUGCAGGGUAGGUUCAAUGGCAAGGGCAAGGGCAAUUCGUGGAAAUGAGUCCCUGAAAAUCAUGAGCUGGGAAAAUGACUGUUCAGCUCCUCGUAAAAUUGCCCC